AUGUGCUGCCGCCCCUCUCCGCAGACCACACUUUUCAUCCGGCGACAAAGCUACUGGGAUGCAAUUAUUCGGGGUUUGGGCUGGCAAGGGCUCUUGGCUGAAAGUUGCUGUUCUACUGCGACCAGGGACGGCAGACGCUUGAAGCUGGAAAGCAAGCCGAAGUCGGAGCUGGCCAUAGCCCGCUUCCUGUCACGCGGUGGUGGCUUCUGCAGCGGCCAGGCAGAUGCAAGCUUGAAGGAUGUUGGGCUCGGUGCGAUCUGCCCCACACAUUACAACAGGACGACGGCCGACUUCGUGCACCGCUAUCUGAUCAAAACUCAGGAGCAGACGGAGAAGGUGCUCAAUGGCCUGCAGCACAAGUCCAUCGCAUUGAUAUGCGAUGCAAGCCCCAAGGCGAAGCACGAUGAGCCUAGGCCGAAAGCACUCAGCUCUCUUCGAGACGAUCGCCUAGCGGCGAAGCAAGAGCUCAAAGCUUGUUCCAACGUGCUCUCCCACAUCGGCAUCGGUUUGGAGGAGGUGUUUCCAAGCUGCCGCUGUGCUCCGAUAGACCCUGACAACGAAGAGCGCCGACUCCAUUCGGUCGGUGAUGGGCUGCUGGCCUUCGUGGCCAACAAGGCCACAGGUGUCGCUAGGUGGGACACGGUUUUGGAGGGGCCGAACUCCGACACCCUCCGGCUCAUACUAUGUCCAGAUCAAGGCGGCCCCUUGUAUGCAGCCUAUCAAUUCCUCGCCCAUAACGGCGCCAAUGUGGGCUUUAUCGGCGACGAGCUGCACAAGCUGCACGCUCAUAUGGGUCGUGUCACAUCCUGCAGCCCAACGAUCAAAAGAAUGACUCUACUCAGUGGCUGGCUCUUCCGAGCUAAGAAGUCCCCAUGGGGGACGAGUAACUUUGCCUCCACACUGAAGGAGGCUGGAGAAAGGAACGGCCUGCCCUACAUCUCCGAUGCCAAGCUGAACUUCGAGAGGACGGUCGAUAUCCUUGGCAAGACCAUAAAGUACAACAGCGAGUCCUUCUCUUGGUCUCGGUGGUGCUCGUGGGCACACACUGCCUCGACUUUCCAAAUGUCCAGCACAUUGCUCUUGAUCCUAUGGAGCUCCCUUGAGGACGGGUUUGAUCGCAAAUUCCACUAG